UCUGCGGCGUAUCCUCAGGCUGGCAGUGCGGCCGGCGCAUCACGUGGCGGAGCAGCGUCCAGGGCGCCGAGCCGCGGGCCGCGGGGCCAGGCAUGGACCCUCAGAUCGCGGGGGCCCAGGCGCCAGGGCCCGCAGAGCCUCUUCGGGGUCCGCCGCUGGCGAGCACGCGGGGGUUGCCCCCCAGCCCGGGGGCCGGCUUUGCCCCAAAUGACCACUCCGGUCAGGAGAGAGAGAUUGAGAAGGCCACGGAUCGACUAGCCAGUGGAGCACAGAGCAUCCCUAAUGAUAGUCCUGCCGGUGGUGAGGGCAUCCAUUCUGAAGAGGAAGCCUUUGCUGUGGAUGAUGAGGAUUCUGAUGGGGAGCUGAAUACCUGGGAACUGUCAGAAGGAGUGUCUAGCUGUCCGCCCAAGGAACAGGCUGCUGAUCUUUUUAAUGAGGACUGGGACUUGGAGUUGAAAGCAGAUCAAGGGAAUCCAUAUGAUGCUGAUGACAUCCAAGGUUGCAUUUCUCAAGAGGUCAAACCGUGGGUGUGCUGUGCCCCGCAAGGAGAUAUGAUCUAUGACCCCAGUUGGCACCAUCCACCUCCACUGAUACCCCAUUAUUCCAAGAUGGUCUUUGAAACGGGACAGUUUGAUGAUGCUGAAGACUGAGUGCGCAGCUUUUUGCCUGGUGGGUGGGUGGAACUUCAGCUCAAGGUCUCUCUUCCUUUCUUGAGGUGAGAUGUCAUAUCUGAGGAAAUAUUCCCAGUGAUCCCUGGGUCAAGCACACAGAUUGGUGUGAAGUAAGUUCCCACUGUCUUCUCCUUCUGUUGUUAUUGUUUUUAGUGAGCUCCCCCCUUGGAUGUAUGAGCAUUUGUGUCUGUGUCAGGAGGAGGACUUGUGUUCUUUAUAAAUAAAGGUAGAAAAAAAAUCAUUGUG